AUGGCCUCGCUCGGGCAUUUCAUCUCCAAGUUUGACGGGAAGGCCCUGCCCUUCUUCAAGUGGACUCCUAAGGCUAACGUGGCCUUCGAGGGCCUUAGAAAGUACCUCACGAGCCCUCCCAUCAAGGUCGCCCUGUGCCCUCGCGAGCCUCUGCUCCUGUACUUAGCGGCCACCCCCAAGACGGUCAGUGCAACAUUGGUCACAGAACAAAAAGAGCAGACCCACAUCAACCCUCAUCCUGAUCCGUCGCGAGGAGCCGUCCCUCAAACUGCAGCACCGCGGCCGAGCCAUCUCACAAGGAGGCAAGACGCCGUCUCACCUCCUCGCCUUGCUGCGGCCAACCUGGACGCGCUGCUGAGCUAUCUCACCUGCCGCCGCCGUCCCCAUUCUCCAAGCAGGCAAGCCGCCGUCUCACCUCCUCACCUUGCUGCGGCCAACCUAGACGCGCUGCUGAGCUAUCUCACCUGCCGCCGACGUCCCCAUUCUCCAAGCAGGCAAGCCGCCGUCUCACCUCCUUCGUCCCGGACACGCUGCUGCCGCAAUCGACCCAUCUCACUUUGCGCCGUCGUGGCCAAACAGGCAAGCCGUUGUCUCACGUCCACCCUCGUCUCUAUUGCGGGCGGCCCUACCCCUGUACAGGAGCAGAGGAAGCAGGCGUGCAGGCAGGAGCUGGAGGCUGCGCGGCUGUGUUUGCCGGCAGGAUGCACAGGAGGCGGGUGGCCAUGGAGAACAGCCACACUAUUCAAGCGCCGGACUCUGCUGUCGACCUCCUCAUCUUCAGGCCCCUCCCAUUUUCCUCUCCCUACUGCCAGUUCCCCCCAUCUCCUCCGCAACGUGCUGCUCCAUGCAUUGGCAGCUAAAAGCCCUAGCGAUGGAUUCGAACACCGGCAGCCAUGUGAGCGCCCAUGGCUGUGGACGUGGAUGCUUGCCACGAGAGACGCAGAGAAGGAGCACACUGCUUGCCCUUUAUUGAGUUGACCAUGGUGACGCUCCGGUGGUGUUGUCCUUGCUAGGUCUGCACGCCAAUGGUGUCGUAAAUUGUAGUGAUAGAUGUAUUGACACUAAUUGUUUUGCAGAUGGGGAGGAUAUACAUUGUAAAAGAGCCUUAUUUUGUUCAUAUCUAGGACAUGAGAAUUUAAUUCUCACUUGUUUAAAUUAUUGGUUCGUAUUUCCGUUAGGCAAAGUGGCUUGAAAUAGACUGUCUUUACUCUUUCUAUAAGACAUAGGGCCGCAAUUUUUUUUUAAAAAGAGGAUCCAGCCAAUUUGUUUUUCAUUUUGUCCUUGAGAUAAUAAUAUAUUAUAUGCUCUACUGAGUCAU